AAGAAAUGGCUUGCAUAUUAUUGAUUAUAAUCGGAAUUAUAUCACAAACUUUUGCAAUAGAUUAUAAUAACCUCGCUGAUGUACCGUGUGGGGUAGCAUUACCAAUUUCACGCAUGCCAAAAGUUGUGGGAGGUCAAAAUGCACUUCCACGUGAAUUUCCUUGGCUAGUAAGCAUCACAAGAAAAGGGGGCCACUACUGUGGAGGAUCUAUAAUUAACUCCAAGUUUAUUCUUACUGCUGCUCAUUGUCUUUGCUCUGGUAUCGAUUCAAUUCCUGCGAGACAAUUUCGAGUCACACUAGGGGAGUACAAUUUACGAGAACCUGAGGUUCCCGCUGCUAUAGUAGAAAAUGUACGAAGAGUAAUAGUACACCCAGAACACACGUGUGGACAAUAUGUGAACGAUAUCGCUAUUCUUGAAUUAGAAUCACCAAUAACUUGGUCAGCAAGUGUACAACCAGCGUGUUUUCCAACAGCUCAAGGAGAACCUGGUUAUAGAUUGUAUGAAAAUGAACAAGCUAUUGCUGCUGGAUGGGGAUGGCUCGGCGAAGAUAGAUCAAAAUAUAAGCGAACCGAUGUCCUACAAAAAGUUGGAGUCAAUAUUGUAAAUAAUGAAAUUUGCAAAGAAUGGUAUAAAGAAGAGGGAAAAAAAACACGCGUAGAACCUCACCAAAUGUGUGCAGGAUAUGAAUCUGGUGGCCGAGACGCUUGUUGGGCUGACAGCGGCGGCCCUUUAAUGGUCAGAAAUUUUUUAAAAGAGGGAACAAUUGUAGUAGGGGUUGUUUCUUCAGGAGUCGGUUGCGCCAGACCACGACUUCCGGGAAUAUAUACAAGAGUAUCUGAAUAUAUACCUUGGAUCAUGCAACAAGCACAUUAAACACUUGAUUAAAAAACAAAUUUUUAAAAUCAGAUAAUUUUUCUGUGACCAAAGUACUUGAUAAAUCUACAAUCUAGUCAGUAAUCAUUAAUUUUCUUCUGUGAAAAUUGUAUGUACCCGAAGAUCGGAACGCUUUUCGCCGAACGAAAAUAAAAAAAAACAGGAUAAAAAGUAAAAAUCUACUGGAUCUAGAUUUCUGAAAUGUUUCGCAUCGGUGCUAGGAUGUCAGGCAAAAAUUAAAGACCACCCCUAAACUCCAGAACUAGCCCUCAAAUCACCCUUAAGCAAUCAAAUUAAGUAAGCAUGAAUUUUUUUAAUUUUCAUUGCGCGAAAAACGUUCCGAUCAUAAAGUACAUGAAAUUUUAGAAUUUUCAAGAAAUUGCCCUCGCGGUUUUGAGAAUGCCGUAAAAAUGCCGUAAAUUUUCGGCAUUUAUGCACAUGCCGUAAAUUUACCGUAAUAAUUUGGUAUUAAUAUGGUUAUAUUGGCCAGUUUUUUUCCUGUAGUUAUGCCAUAUACUUUCUGUACUUAUGCUGUAGAGUUACCAGAUUACUACAGUAAUAUUACUAUAAAAAUGCCGAACUUUUACUGAAAAAAUGCUGCAAAAAAACUAUAACAAUACCGAAC